CAAGCCACGUCUCGUUCAAAACAACAUGGACGAACAGGACAUAGCUCAGCUAGAGCUCCUGUGCAAGCAGCUUUAUGAAGCAACGGACACGGUUUCCAGAAAAACUGCUGAGAAAGCUUUAGUGAACUUCACGAGUUCUCCAGACUGUCUCUCGAAAUGUCAGUUCCUUUUGGAAAGAGGAAACUCACCCUACUCAUUGUUACUAGCAGCAUCAUCGCUUACGAGGCUUAUCAGCCGUAACACAGCACUCCCAGUUGAACAGAGACUUGAUAUUCGCAAUUAUGUACUCAAUUAUCUGGGUACAAGACCAAAGCUCGCUACAUUUGUAUCCCAAGCCUUAAUUCAGUUACUAGCCAGAUUGACAAAGUUGAGUUGGUUUGAUACUCACAAAACAUCGCUGGUGUUUAGAACGAUAACAGAUGAUGUGGGAAAAUUCUUGCAGAGUUCUGUUGAUCACUGUAUUAUUGGAGUACAAAUACUGUCUCAGCUUGUAUGUGAAAUGAAUCAGGCUGAUUCUACUAGAUCUUUAACAAAGCAUAGAAAGAUUGCAUCAUCCUUCAGGGAUACUUCAUUGUUCGACAUCUUCAACCUUUCCAUCACACUCUUAAGACAGGCCUACAGUGAACAGUUAAAUUUGCAGGAUGAAGGUCAACAUUCACUUAUGAACCAGUUGUUGCAGUUGACAUGUAACUGUUUAUCUUUUGAUUUCAUUGGAACAUCCAUGGAUGAGUCUUCCGAUGAUUUAGGCACUGUGCAGAUCCCAACCAGUUGGAGAGGGGCUUUCUUAGACUUCUCUACAUUACAGUUGUUUUUCAAUCUAUUCAGAGCCUUGCCAUCUUCCCUUUCACCCAUGGCAUUGUCUUGUCUCGUUCAACUUGCCUCUGUGCGACGCUCCUUGUUUAAUAAUAAUGAAAGAGCAAAGUUCCUUGAACAAUUGGUACAAGGAGUGAAAGGGAUAAUGGAAGAUCCACAGCUUCUUUCACACCCCAACAACUACCAUGAGUUCUGCAGACUGCUGGCAAGGCUCAAGUCCAACUAUCAACUUGGUGAACUGGUCAAGGUUGAAGGAUAUGCUGAGUUUAUUGCUUUGAUUGCCAAGUUCACAGUUACUGGGUGUUUGCAGAUGUUUCAGUUUCCCCCCAACAGUAUUCACUAUCUACUGAGUCUUUGGCAAAGAAUGGUUGCAUCCAUGCCAUAUGUUAAGAGUUCUGAACCACAUCUGCUAGAGACUUACACACCAGAGGUUACCAAAGCUUACAUAACUUCACGCUUGGCAUCUGUGGAGGUUGUAGUCAGAGAAGGGGCAGAUGAUCCAUUAGAGGACACAGGGACAGUACAACAACAAUUAGACCAGUUAUCAACCAUUGGUCGUUGUGAGUAUGAGAAGACAUGUACCCUGCUCAUCUCAUUAUUCGAUCAAGCUGCCCAGAACUAUCAAGAACUUUUGAACAAUACUAAUGCUGUGAGAAAUGAUAUCUCAAUCCAAGAAGGGAGGUUAACAUGGCUAGUGUACGUUAUUGGAUCAGUGAUAGGUGGUAGGGUGACAUACUCUACAGUAGAUGAAUAUGAUGCUCUGGAUGGAGAGCUUGUGUGUAGGGUUCUUCAGCUAAUGAAUCUCACAGAUUCACGGUUAUCUCAACGAGGAAGUGAGCAAUUAGAACUUGCAAUUCUGAGCUUCUUUGAACAGUUUAGAAAAAUUUAUGUCGGUGAUCAAGCCCAGAAAACCUCCAAGGUCUAUAGAAGAUUAUCAGAGAGACUAGGGUUACAUGAUGAAUCAAUGGUGCUGAGUGUUUUUAUAGGAAAGAUAAUAACUAAUAUGAAAUACUGGGGGAGAAGCGAAAACAUUACCUCCAAGACUCUACAGCUACUUAGUGAUCUAUCUGUGGGAUAUUCUAGCGUUCGCAAACUGAUUAAACUAGAUGCUGUCCAGUUUAUUCUCAAUAAUCACACAAGCGAGCAUUUUCCAUUCCUGGGUAUCCAGACUGGAAGGCCAUAUUCUGACAUGCGCUGUAGAACCACAUUUUAUAUUGCACUCGGAAGACUGUUGAUAGUCGAUCUGGGUGAGGACGAGGAAAAAUUUGAACAGUUCAUGGCACCAGAAACAACUGCAAUGGAGUCAGUAGCAAGCCAACUGGUGAGCGGAGGAAACAAUGCCUUCCAAGUGGAAGAAACAAAGAGAACCCUGGUUGGUUUGUGUCGAGAUAUUAGGGGUCUGGCGUUUGCAUUCAACAGCAAAAGCAGCUAUAUGAUGCUGUUUGAAUGGAUAUAUCCAACAUACAUGCAAGUACUACUACGAGCAAUAGAGCUGUGGUACCACGACCCUAAUGUAACCACACCUGUUCUAAAACUCAUGACUGAACUUGUACAAAACAGAUCACAGCGGUUACAGUUUGACGUCUCUUCGCCUAACGGGAUCUUGUUGUUUAGAGAAGCAAGCAAAAUAAUAUCAACAUACGGAUCUAGAAUUCUCACCAUAACUGAUACACCAGAUGAUCAACUGUACCCGCUCAAACUGAAAGGGAUCUCUAUCUGUUUCUCGAUGCUCAAGGCAGCAUUAUGUGGCGGUUAUGUGAACUUCGGUGUAUUCAGCUUGUACGGUGAUGACGCGCUGGAAAACGCGCUCAAUACUUUUGUCAAGCUACUCCUCGCGAUCCCACGAUCCGAUUUACUGGAUUAUCCUAAAGUAAGCCAAGCAUACUAUUCGCUGCUGGAGAUCCUGGCUCAAGAUCACAUGGCAUUCCUCAGUAGGCUAGAACCACAGGUUUUUAUGUAUAUUUUAUCUUCAAUAUUGGAGGGUCUAACGGCAUUAGAUAUCAUGGUGUGUACAGGAUGCUGUGGAACUCUCGAUUAUAUAGUUACAUUCCUCUUUAAAACAUUAUCGAAGAGAAGAAAAAAGAAUUCCCAAGGAAUGGAAGAAGGACCCUCGUGUCUCAGUGUCCUCGAAUCCAAUCCAGAAAUACUUCAACAGAUGCUUUCCACUGUAUUAAACAUCAUUAUGUUUGAAGACUGUAGAAAUCAGUGGUCCAUGUCUAGACCUCUGUUAGGGCUCAUUCUUCUCAAUGAAGAGUAUUUUAGUGAAUUAGAGCAGAGCGUCAUCUCAAUGCAAACCCCACCAGACAAACAAGACGACAUGAGAGUUUGUUUCAGAAAUCUCAUGGAGGGUGUGGAACGGUCACUAGUUGUCAAGAACAGAGACAGGUUUACUCAGAAUUUGUCAAUAUUCCGACGUGAUGUGUACAACGCAUUGAAGACCCCAAACGUAACUGUGAAUGUUGCGACAGGGAGUGACAUGGUGGGCUAAAAGCCAACUGCAUUCAAACUGCAAAACCUAACAAGGCGUGAAACAGGGGAGGUACUGAUGGGUCAGUGUUGGAAUGGAAAGGACAAGACUGAAGACAAAAGAAUACCAUCAAAUCUAUCAAACAGUAAGCAUCGCUUAUCAAUUCCAUAAAAUGAAAUUUUGCAAUGCGAAAUGUACGGUGAAAUCACUGAGACGAGAAGAAACUAAUCAAGGGCGAGUUGCGUAACGUUUGACGUUGCGUGAGCCACUCGUCUUUCUGUCACGGUCAGUUGGCGUAACGCGACUGAUAACUGUGUAGACUCGCAACGAGUCAUCACUUCUGUAUGUACCACAGAACAGUAUACCUUAUCAUUUGUAUUCGUCUAUUCGUGUGUUAUCAAGAAUCUGGAAUAGAACCUUUGAUAGAUAGUUCGUGUGUUUCCUGCCUACACCACAGGAACCCCGCAUCAUGAAAAAUAACCAAACUUCAUAUAAACUACUAUUCGUAAUCAUUUUGCAUCAAGAUUUAUGCCUUCUAACUAAAGAAUAAGUAAAAGUACAACUACAUGGCUGGUAGCUCGUUGGUAACCUUGCUCUCAUCUAAACCAAAACAAAAUGGCGGCUUGGCCAAGAUAUUUUGCUGUAUUCAUAUUUUCUUCUAGUAUCAACAGUUCAUCUUUACAUUAGGCAAUUUUUAUGUGACAAAACUCGUGUAAUACUUGAAACCAAUCUUUAGUCUUUGUAGUAUCUAGUAGUCUGAACAUUCAAUGAUGGAACAACACAAUGAUCCCCAUGCAACGGUCUUUAUCCUACAUUCCUGAAAUGUCAUUGCUUUAUACAAUUUAGAUAAUAAAAUCUGCUAACAUUAAAA